UCUUUGUUGUCUUGAAACCAAGAAGUUUGCUUCGGGAACAACGAGUUGAAGAACUUGUUAGCGGGCGUGGUACCUUUUAAGGACAUUCUUAGUGUCUCUUUUUGCAUGCACUUAGUCUGUAACAAUUUGUUUUAAAGGAAGUUUUUGGAGGUGAGGUCGAGUUUUUGAAGUAUUAUUUAUUUGGGGAGAAAGGUAAUUUUCUUAAAUAAGAUAUGGUUUUCCAUUAGCUUAUUUUAUAAAAUGUUUCCGCACUUCAUCCAAGUAUAUUAAUGGCUUCACUCCAUCAAACACACUGUUAAUGGCCAAAUGAAUCAAAGAGCUCUACCUCGUUGCCCAAUUGUUCUCUCCUUAGUUCAGAUCCUACUCGUUACCAUGAUUUUGGUUUUGUGCUUUCAAUUUUUUUGGAGUUCUUAGCUACCUUGUCAUCCUAUGGAUGCGUAGAUGGCGGGAUCUUUCUUCUCAUGACAGUAGGUUUCCAGAAUUAGGGUUUUGAUUAGGCCUCCAUCCUCUUGCUUGUUUUAGGUUGAGUUUGCCUAUUGGGUUCCUUUUUCUUAGGGCUUUGGUUUUUAACUAGGGUCAGUUGUUUGGGGUUUGCGUGCUUCAGACUUUUUCUUGCGCAAUGAAUAUGUAUCUUUUGGAAAAAAAAAAUCUUCAUAACAAUAACAAUGAAGUCAGUCCUUUUAUUAUGGGUUACUUGAGGCAUACUUUCUUUCUUUUUUCCCCCUAACAGCUUAUAUGAGAGAAAAUUUUUGAAGGUAACUGAUGAAUCUUUAAAGUCCAAUACUUGUUUGAGAGAGAUUUUUUAAAAGAAUUAAGGUUUUAAGAGGGAACGUUCAUUUUUUUUAAUCCAUCAAAUUAGUGGGGUGAGAGAUUUUGCUAUCUUAUCUUUCAUUGAUAUCUUACCUUUCUAUGUAAAGCCCUUACUCCAUACAAACACACCGAAAAGUUCUAGAAAAAUAUUAUUGAUAGGAAUUUCCUAAUCCUUCCUGGUGGAACUAAGUGUUUGCUUUCGUGUUUAUGACUGUAGAAUAAUUUGUUUGAUUUAAUUAUUGAACUUCCCUUGCGUUUACAAUUUAUUACCCAAUUUAUAGAUAUUUCAAUGAAUUAAUUCAUAUGAAAUCCAACAAAAUCUACUGGAAUGUAUUCCUAAACUUGAGUUAUAAUGACAAAUAAUAUAAUAUAAUACUGCAGCCGUUAAUAUUCAAGAACGCAUACAAAAGUGUGAAGGAGACUUUAGCAGACAUUUUAAUGGAAGCUGUUGCUUCUUUUGUUGAUCUGGGCUUUCCAUUUGCAUCCUUUGAAUGUGACUCACUUGCAGGAGGUUAAUCGGCUCCAUGAAAGGAAUGAAUAAUGAAGAUGUGCCUGUAUAUUGAUGAAGCAACGUUGUAUUUUACUAUCACUCACCCCAUUAAAUUUUCAUGCAAUUUUCUGCAGCUAAGUUCUCCAGUUGCUUCUCCUGAAGGAACUUGGUAAGGCGAACUAAGAAAUCAGUAUCGUCAGAACUCCUUGUUAGCUCUGCUACAACUUCUGCAGGUGUGACUUUGACCUUCUCCAAUAGCUGUUCAAUCUCUUUGGGAGGCUUGCAAAAGAUAACACUAUAAUACAUGUAGACUAAUUCAUUAAAUGUAGAAAUGGUACAAUAUGACAUUGGAAUCUGCAUAUCAAUGCGACCAGGCAUUAGUAAUUCUGGGGCGAUCCUUUCUCUGUGAUUGGUUGUGAAAAUGAUGAUCAAUUCAUUGCCUCGAGGCAACCAAAGUCCAUCAAUAAGCCUUACAUUUCAGAAGAAACAUCAGGAAACUGUGUUGAAUUGUUACAUGCCAUACAUUUCAGAGCGAUCAAAGGCUAUUAGAGAAGAAUGCAAGGCAAUAACGCUCUAUCAGGUAGGCUUAGAAUAUACCGUCGAUUUCGAUCACCCAAUAACGUUUGAGACCCUUGCAAUGGAUUCAGAGAUCAAAGCAAUGGUGUUAAAUGAUUUGAACACCUUCAGGAAUGUUGGCAAGGCGAAGGAAUGUUACAGAAGUAAUGGAAAAGCAUGGAAACGUGGUUACUUGUUAUAUGGUCCUCCUGGCACAGGCAAGUCAAGCUUGAUAGCAGCUAUGGCUAAUCACUUGAAGUAUGACAUCUAUGACUUUGAUUUAUCAGGAGUAGAAAAUAAUCCUGGUGAAUAUUUGUGGUCAAUGGUUCGUAACAGUUCCAGCAAAUCUAUGCUUGUGUUCGAAGAUAUUGACAGUAGUGUCAAGCCACAAAACCCAGAAUCAGAGGAUCAACCAGGACGAAGUGGUCAUUAUAUGGAAACACUCUUGACACUUCUCAAUGAGGCUUGGUCAUGCUGUGGUGAUGGACAAAUCAUUGUCUUGACAACCACUCAAAAGGAAAUGCUUGAACCUCAGCUACUGAAGCCUGGUCUAAUUGACUUGCAGAUUCAUAUGUCAUAUUGUACCAUUUCUGCAUUUAACCAAUUGGCGUUCAAUCAUUUUGGAAUUCGACAUCACGGACUCUUUGAAGAUAUUGAAGGGCUUAUACAGAAGGUUGAAAUCACCCUGGCAGAAGUUGUAGUAGAACUCAUGAAGAGUAGGGAUGCUGAAGUUUCCCUCCAGGGCCUAGUCAGAUUGCUUCACAAGAAGCUAGCUGAAAAGGAAAAUUUGCAAAACUGAGUGACAAGCAAGAUCAAUAAAGAGGACGUUACAAAAUAAAUUAUGUAUAUUUUCUUUAGUAGUUUUCUAUUUCCCUGUAUACGUAACAAAAUUUAUCAGUUUUUUAAUUGAGGAGGCCCAUUGAAUGGUAGCACAA